AUGUUGUUGAGCUUACUGCUCACCGAGAAGAAAACAGAGUUGGGCAAACCUCCCAAUUCGUAUUCCUUCGGCGAUAUGUGGUCGGGUGACCAUAAGGUACCUAAUAGUUCAUCCAUAGUGACUCAGCGCCUUCCUCUUGCAUCUGAUAAUGGUAAGAAGCAAUCAAUGUCCGCACCGGUUCUGGCAAAUUAUUACCCGCUUUUCAAUAGGUUCGAAUCAUCCAUGCUUGAAUACUCCAAGUCUAUGGUCAUGUUGAAGAGUCCUUACAGGACGUUUUCGCCAAACAGAUUUGGAAACAAUCCUAAUGAUUUACUUGAUUGUAUUGACCUUGAUGACUGA